AUGUAUUGCUUAUUCCGUUGGACCAGCUGGGUCCUGUUCUUGUACUGUCUGUUCCCGAUGGCAAACACGGCGGGCAGACGCAAUAAAGAGAUCGUGAUCGAAAAAGCGAAAACAUGUACGACCAACAAAACGGAAUUUUAUGCGAUCAAGUUUUCGGCACCGCUGAACUUUACUUCACGUAACAACAUCGUUCGGUUCUAUGGGAACUUUACCGUUACCGAAGUGAUCCGCCCCCCUCUAGAGCUCACCCUCAUCGCAUACCGGUGCACGAUGGAUUUACAGAGCUGCCAGAGAUACAAUGCAGUGCAAAUGACCAAAAUCUGUUCCUUCCUGAUUGAUACCAACUCCUUCUGGACGCCGUUUGUACGCAGCAUUGAACCACCGGUUAAAUGUCCCAUACAUCCGGCGACGUAUCUCUUUAAGGACUCGGCAUUUGAUGUUAGCUUUUUUACCAGCUUCCCGUUGGAUGGUUACAGCUGGCAGGUAACGAUGAAACUCUACUCUACGGCUUACACUCCCAAGAAGGAAGUUUUUUGUUUCGCAUCUCAGGCCACAUUAAUUAAAAAUCGUCCCAAAUCUUGA